UAUCAAUCCACAUAUGUAUGCUUUUAAUAGCAAAACGUCAGGUACAAUCAAAUUUACACCAUAUAAUAAAAAAAAAAAAAGAAAUGCCAAAAAAAGUGAUCACAAGGCGCCAACGCAAAGCUGCAGAGUUCAGACUAAAGGCCAAUGAAAAAGCAAAUGAGAAUAAUGCGCCCAGGAUCAAAGGAGACGCUCCGAUUUCCUUAAUCCCACGUUCGACUGAUUCACCUAACAUAAAAGUGGCAUACCCAAAGAAAAAAGAUAAAAGUAUCUCCUUGACGACUUUAGAUGAAAAGGAUGAGAAGCCCAAAACUCCGUCUUCAGAACAACCGUUCGGCGAAUCUAAAGAGAGCAUUCAGCGCUGCGAUGCUCUGCAAAAAAUUCGGUUAACUAGUCACAAGACAACUUUUUUGUCGGAGGUAAAAAAUAAGGCUUUGAACUCGGAACAAUUCCGAAAUAGUUCAUCCGGAUUUACUACACUGCUUCCAAGGAUAAACAAUAAAGCGACCCAUAAAACUCCAAACUCCAGAGUACCGUUGAUGUCCAAAAUUUGCGAACAAAUUAAGACGCAUUUGCACUCUGUCUUGCCAUUACGAAACCUCGGUUCAAAAUCUCGAAUUCCGGCGGAAAAUGUAGCAGAGCACAGUCCAGAUUUGCAGUUUACACGAAAAGUUUUUAAUAGCUCGGAGGACAUAUUUAAAACUGAUGGAGACUACGACCGCAAAGUACCAUGCUUCAAGUCAACUGAGCCUCCUAGGGAUCCAGGACCGCCUAUGAAGGUUUUCGAAAACGCAGGCUUCAUCGUCCUUACUGGCACCAAUGCUCAGUUGGCUUUUCAGCUGGGCGAACUUGCGACCAGAGGCCUUGGUGUACAAUCAUGUAUACAUCUGCCGAACGAAGUGAUGGACAAGGUGGAGCAACAGCUCGGUAAACUGGAAAAGGACCGCGAAAAAAUCCUCAAUAAAAUGCAUAACAAGCAUGCAACACUUGCACAACGACUAGCUCAGCGAGAGAAAAAGCAGAGCGAUACUAUAAAAAUGUAAAUAAAACAUAUUACUUAAUACUAAAAUCUUAAUAAAGGGACGAUAGAACCAAAGCCUAAAA